GUUCUCUGCAAACACCAUGUUUUAUAUUCAGUUGCUGUAUAUGGGGUAUUUUUAUUGCUGAUCAACCGUUUAAUAUUUAUCAAUUAAUUAUAUUUUCUUAUACCCGAUAUUUAUGCUCAAUUGCUUCAUAUAACGUUCAAAAAAAAUUUGCUGGUUUCCCUUAUACCUUUAUAACUUUUCUGACAAUCGCUGUGUUGGUAGAGGAAGAUAAGCGUUGGAAUAGGAUUUGAAAUUAUCGAGUCGAAUUUGUUAUUUGGCUGUUACACAUGUUUAUGCAAUGGAAUUUAUCGAAAGCUGGAAAAGCGUUUUUAAGCUUAGAAAAUAAAUCAAGCUAUGUUUUUAUCUUUAGUUUGUGCUUGAUAUCGUUUUAUGUUCUUCAUGUUUUCUUUGGACGGUUUGUUUACUUUGCCAUAGGAAUUUUUGUUGGCGUUUCUUUUCAGGGUUUGGUUCAAAAAAACGGCAAUAUUAUCCUAAAUAUUAAACAUCCGAAUAUAGAGGAUCCGUCUCAGUAUGUCCCUCAGAGAUACCCUCAACACGCUCUCCCAGAAGAAUUGGAAGCUCCACUUCUUCUUCUCAUCACGAAACUUACACAUCAUUACAUAUAUGGUUGGUAUAAACAAGUGAGUUAUGAUAAUUCCUUUGUUACAGAGGUGGAAAGUACGAUAGGGUAUAUAUUCAGGAAUUUCUAUUCUUAUUUGAGUACCCAAGACUCUUCCUACCUUAUUUUUGAGAUGGUAAAAAAUGUUCUAAAUACGAUUACGUUUUUGCUUUCUGACUUGAAUAUGUUUUUGAGCAAAAAAAUGCCCAUCACGGAAUUUGCUGUCCGUUAUCCCAAUUCGGCUGUUGCAAAGAUGCUGGAUAAGGCUGCGAACGAACAGGCCUUACGCGCGCAAGCUUCUGCGAUGGUAACAAAAUUUUGCAAACCAGAAGAUGCCGCUUGUCUUCCUCUACAUGUUUUAUUGAGGGAAGUUCUUGCUAUGCAAGUUUUUAAAAAAAUUACAACGCAUUGUGCUAAGCCAAGGUUUGUCAAUCGUUGUAUCAUUCUUUUCCUUUCUCCUUCAAAAGAGAAGGACGAAUGUUUAGACAAGAAAACAUAUAUAAAUCGAUGUCUUUUAAACCAAACCCUAAAAGACACAUCCUCAUCGGCGACUUUGCCCACAGGUGGUGCCCAAGCCUCUUCUUCAUAUAAUAAUGCUCUUUUUGAAGCAGAGAUAAAUAUACAAUAUCGUUCGCUUGAGCCCAAAGACCUUUCAUCCCCAAUAAAGGAUAAAAAAAAUCUGAAGUUUGUUAUUACGGUGCAUCCUUUAUAUUUAGAUAUCCCCCCUUGGAUUGUCUAUCGUCCUUAUACCAGUCUGAAGUCCUUAUAUAAGGAUAUAAGAAAAGAAUAUUUGCAUGCACUUGGGACCCCCCUAAAAAUUCCUGAAUGGAGAGCUCAGACAUAUGGCCAUUUACAAAGGGAACUAUCUGCAUUUUUAAAUUUAAUAGUACAAAAUGCUCAGUUAUCGAAUAAUGUUGCAGUCCGAAAGUUCUUCUGUAAGUCCAUGUCUUUUGAACCGUUAUCCGAUGAUGUAGUCGAUGAUAUGGAAAAGCAAAAGAACUCUUCUUUGUCUGCUGUUUCACACAAGCUUUUAGGGGUUACAAAGAUUGUGAGUAAUAAGAGUGGAAAAUCCUCCCACUCAAAAGAGUCAGAAGGUUCGUCAAAUGUGGAAGUAUCUUGGAAAACCAAAUUUGAGAAAAGUAUGUUGGAGGAUACCGAGUUAUCCAAAUUACCCUCAAAUGAUGUAUCAUCUUUGGAAGAUGAUAAUCAGUCUUUCGAAAACAAGGACGAAGAGAAAAAUGGUUCUAUGUUUUCUGAGAGCAAUCUGUAUGUGGAUGAGAACUCUGCAUUUAAUAUCCAAGAGGAAACUUUGAAGGAAAUCAUAAAUAGUGGUUUUGCUCUUUUUGGAGAGAUAUCAUGCUUGAACCCAAAAACGUGGUUUUUUCGAAGGACAGUUUUAUCUGUACUAAAAUCGUUACUUAUGCAUGGACCUUUAGACUUCUCUGGAUUAGUGGAGAAGAUGCUGAAAGACCAUGUGUUUGCAAAGCUGUCAAAUACGCAACUGGUUGGUGACCUGUUUACCUCGUUAAUUCUCAGUAUCUGGCCCGAAGAAAAAGAAAAAGUACAAGAACAUUUGAAGAAUUUAAAUAAAGACUGUGCGGGUGAUAAUGAGAGGGGUGCAGACUGGAAUCCUUCAUCCAUGAGCAAAGAUAAUGAUGAACUGUAUUUGGAGGAAGCUUUGAAGAACAGUUUGUUUUUUAGCCAUUCGGAAUUUGCAGUAAGUGAAGAGAGUGAUGACGAGAUACGAGAGCAAGCUCAAGAGCUGUUUCUUAACAACGAAUAUUCUGAUAGUGCCUCACUUUUAGGACCUUUCACAUCGGAGGACAGCUUGCGACUUUUGUUUGAUUUGCUUCAAGAAUCCGACUUAGUUGAGGGAUUUUUGGCACACGUACUCAGUAAUGCGCUUCACAGCAUUAUUUAGUGACUGAUUUAAUGUUUGCUAUCCACUAUUUUACAUACAAUUUAUUAUCUGUCCUAUUGCAGACAGGAUUUCUGAUUCAAGUGCAUUAUAUUCUGACUAUUAUAAUAUAAGUCUUGUCUGCUCCAAUAUUGACUUGAUUUAAUAAUUAAAGGUUUUAUGUCUUUCUAUUUUUUUUGUUUAAUUAUUAGAGAUCUAAGAUAUUUUUGUUCUUCCAUUUAGUUUGGACCUUAAUUUUUUCAGUUAGUUAAUACCAUAGUCGCUUUCUUUUUUGAAAAUUCUGGUUUUUACAUUUCUCUUACAGAAAGCUUUUCUACCAUAAGUAAGGAUAUUUAUGACUUUUCUGUACAAAUUAUUAUGUAACUAGCAAUAAUUGAAGGCCUACCUUCCUGC